AUGGACCCAGCGGGCGUAGCUACGUCGCUGCUGGUUUUGCUGGCAGCAAAUAACACCUCGGUGCUCGACUGUGUCUGUAACCACGUCGCCAGCGUCACCGACGAAAUGAGUUACGGCGAUGGACUGAUGUGGGAGACGUACUGCCAAGACCUCGGAAAUUACUAUCUGUUCGAAACGUGCGAGAACCUGGAGGCGCCGUCCGUCGCGGUGCCGGCCGCCACACGGCUGGUGCCGCGCAGAGGCCACGAGCCGCCGCCCGCGGAGGACGAGGAGUGCGGCAGCGCCCUCGCGGAGGUCCGCCACCUCACGGAGGACAGCUCCAGGGAGCUCACCAGGGGCCUCAUCCGCGGCGUCGCUGCCGACUGCAUUCGCUCUUGCUCCGUACAAGGGUUGGAUAACAUGGAAUGGAACCUGGAGACACUGCAAAAGGAUCAGCUGCGGAGUGCGACCCUCACCAAGUUACUGCACGCUGUACAGCAGAUCACAAGAGCCAUAAACCACAGGAAUCGCCUUGUCUUGGAUUAUAAUUGGGAAUUUCUUCAUAAUGACCAGAACCUCAGCAAAACUGAAUUCCAGGCCGAGAUACCGGUCUUCCUGGAGCACCUCUCAGACUACUGGCGGGACUCGGCGCAGCUGCUCUCACUGGGUGUCAAACAUUUCUCUCAGCUGCUCGUCCCCCUCGCUUUCGAGCAAAUGGGUAUCCACUCAAAUGAUCUGCAACGCCAUGAAUGGAUUAACAGCAUGAAACAUCUGAGAGACAUGCUGCACACGAGAUUAAGCGGCUGGGUUCAUGAUGUGCAAUCCGUCAGCGAGCAGAUGGCGUACUACAAAGUGGAAGAACACAAGAACAGGCCUGGGACUUAUAUACUUAGACGACCUCUGUUGAAUCAUGACCUACUGUCCUACCACGAACGGUUCCUCUCCUUCAGGGACGACUUUACUGCGCUGUGCGUCGCUCGACAUCGACGGGCGUCACAAAUGUUUGGUCUCGCCGACGCACUGUAUUCCUUCUAUUAUUACAACUGGUUCUUCGACCUACAGUUUGUAGGUGACAUCGAGAGUUUAGAAUACGACGUGACCCGUGACCCGCCGGCGUCAUCUGACGCCUGACCCGACAGUCAUUGUUGCGUAGCGUCUGCACCGUUCUGUGAACAGUGCGCUGGGGUUGUGAAGGACUUCGAUUACCUUGAUGCCUAUGAAAAUAUUCAAGGCCAGAUUUGCCAUCGCAUUGGAUCAUUGCAACCUAUUGAAGGUGCACAGCACAAAUUCUUGCAAAUAUACUUCAUGGGCAAUACGGAAGAACAACUUGACUGGCGUCAAGGGAUCAACACAGCUACGAAAAGAGCAAUUCUCCAAGAUUUGCAGCAAAUGCUUCAUGAACAUCAUGCAUUGGUCAGGCUGUUCAAGACUGCUUUAGAGCGCAUGCCAAGUGAUGACUAUAAAGUUGUAAUCAGAGCAGAUAAAAGACCAGCUGGAACACAUGAACGCACAUUUAAUGCUCCAACAAUCGAUGAAGUGGCAAUCCUGAUUGUUGGUGAAAACUUGGAAACACGUGGUAUUG